AUGACUAUCGCGCGUACUUUAACUGGAAUACCGUACUUUAACUGGAAUACCGAUAUUACUCCACUAGAAACCACCAGUGCGUCGAUUCCUCGCCACAAGUUCAAUUUCACUGAGCUUGAGAACCUGGCAGCUGCUACCACCAACACUUACCUUACUGAUGUUGUAGUUGUGUUGACAAGCCACACAAACUUGCAGCAGGUUAAGCGAAGUUCUGGCAACGUGUGUUUCAUGCGUGAACUAACACUGGAAAACUUAAGUGGUAUGAAGCUUAAGGUCACAUUAUGGGGUGAUUCCACUUCUGAGCUUACCAGGAACCUUGAAGCGCAUGAACUUAAUCCACAGCCUGUUGUGGCUGUUGUUACUGGUGUCUAUGUCAAGCAAUAUCCAGGCAAGGUGUCGCCUUCUUCAACUAAUGCGACUCAAAUUUUCUUUGACCUCGAUAUUCCAGAGGUCUUGCAUAUUAUAGAAAGGUCUUCCUACCGAACAUCGCCACUCGAAAUCACAAUUCCGGCGAGAGUUGGUUACAAUCAGGCAGUUCAAUCCAUUGGCUACACUAGAAUGUUAAUUUCCCAAUUGAUGGAAACAAAGGGGGAAUCUGGGUACAAUAUACUAAACAGAAAAGUCUGUCGUGCCAAGGCUAUUGGUAUUUCCACUGAGAAAGGCUGGUAUUACCUGAGGUGCCACAACUGCACAACUAAAUUGGUGGGGAACAAAGGGGACCAUUGGUGCCCUAGCCGCAAGGUCCAAGUAGACGAACCGGUUCCCAGAUACCUUCUUAGAUUGGAAGUUGAGGACUCAUCGGGCACCGCAUUUUUUGUUGCCAUGGACAGCGAGGUCCAAAAAAUGGCUUCAUUUUCCAACCAGGUUGAAGGCUUUGCAACAGUACAAACUGCCUUUGAAUCACUCAUUGCACCAACUCCAACCAUAUCUGCUCAGGUUAACGAAAUCAGUCGUCCUGAAGAUGAGCCUGUUGUUGAUAAUGAGCCACCUCGCAAGAAACCCUGCCUGCAGAAGAUGCCCAACUCUGCGUCAGCAUCCACUGUCGCUGAAGAUUAA